AUGCCUCCCCAUGCUCGUCACAGGCCCCCCUCUGGCGCACAUCAUGGCCAGCAAGCCAGGCAAGCCGUCGAGGGAGCAGUUCGUCUCGGCGAGCCAAUGCCAGGCCACAGCUGGCUAGAGCGGCUUUGGGGCUGGCCUAGCUCCGUCAUGGUGGUUUGCCUGCUGCGUCACUUGACUGGACAGCCGGCUGGCCUGCUAUACCGCCAGGAACGGGCAUUAAUUGGCAUUGGCAUUGGUGUUGGCACUGGCUCGCCUGCCGAACCACUCGCUCCCUCUCAUCGUUGCACUCGCAAGCAGUUGCAUGCGGCUCUCUCAACGUCUGACCGCUGCUCCGGUGCGUGCGAAACAUGGUCCUGUCUCCGCCUGGCCAUCAUCUCCUUCACCGUCUUGGCUGCAUCAAUGCCCUCACCUUCGCUGCCCGCCUCGAGACAUGAAGAUGGACACGGCCUGUUUCAUCCUACCCGUUCGCAGUGGGGGGCUGCUCGCUGCCCGGGAUGGACAGCCAAGCACGCAUUCGAUAUGCAGCUCGGACAGACUACGCUCGUUUGA